GUCAAAUGGCGACUUGUUUUGCCAACUGGACAAAAUCCUGUCACUUGUAAAAAUAAUGCAAUUUUCUUAUUGUUUACAUCUGUUAUUUUCAAUAAUUUCCAUUUCAGUACUUUAGUGUGAUAUGUGACGUUAAUCAUAUACGUUAAAAAUGUCGUGGCUAAACUUAAACCACAGUUUAAACAGUCUAAAAGGCCAGAUUACGAAUUUUGCAUCUGAAGUGUUAUCUGAGAGUCCUGCUCAGGAUGUUGCUAAUAAAAGUUUACAAGGAGACUCUUCUGCCACAGAACUAGAGGAGAAAUGUCGAAACCAGGAGCUUGAGAUUGCAUCGUUGAAGAAGCUAGUUGAUGAGCUCCAAGCUUCCUUGCAGUCUGAGAAGAUCAGCAAAAAGAAUGGCGUUAAAGAAGAGGAGUCCAGUUGGUACUGGGACCCGCCGCCCCAAACGUCGAAAUCAACCGAAGAUACGGAACAGAAUUAUUUACUGCAAAUACGAGACCUACAAAGAGAGCUUGCCACCCUGAGAGAACGAGAAACGAUUGACCGAGUUCUGCAUCAAGGACCACCUGAUGAUGAACUCGUCCGAUUGAAAGAAGAAAACAAAAACCUCACCUCCAAUCUAGAAGAUUUAGACAGCCAACACCAACAGGCUAUGGAAAGACUUCUAACUUUAAAAAAAGAGUUACAAACCAAUUUUGAAGCUUUAAAACAAGAACACAGAGAUCUCAAAGCUGCUAAUGAAGAGUAUAUAGCUGAAAACAAGAAGUUACUUGCGACCAUUGGUGAAAGGGAUAAGGAAUUAGAGGCUGCUAAGGCAAUCAAUGCUGACCAUGAUACUUUAUUACAUAAAUAUCAAAAUCUAGAGAGGAUACACGGUCUGUUGCGAGAAAACGCCGAAAAGUUUCAAGAAGAAAAUCAAGAGCUACACGAAGAAGUAUUCAAGUUACAAGAACAGGUGACAAAGUUGGAGCAUGACUUGGAAGUAGUACAAAAACAUGCAGAGCAUCUAGAUAUGGUCCCGAGGGAUACUUAUGAACAGCUUAUAAAAGAAGUGAAUGAAUUAAAAGAGAGAAGAAAUUCAAAUCAAAUUCAUUUAGAUGAAAUCAACAUCGAUGAUAACGCUAAAGGUGUAAUAGAAACACUGAAACGUGAUAUUAGCGAGUUGAAACAUAAAUUAGCUCAGAAAGAAAGUAGCUGUCCAGAAAAUGUAGAUAACAAAGUAAUAAAACCUGACAAGAUCGUGCAUUUGUAUAAUAAGUAUGUUAACUUUGAACUUCCUAUCGAUUAUGUUGGCGAAAUACCUUCAGCUGGCGACAAUAUAGUUCUAUUUAAAUUAGAGAGCGUUUUCAAAACCGUUAACUCUUUCAAGAAAGAAAUCGAUGUAUUAAACCAUCAGCUAUCAGAAAAGAAUCUAAAUACAAACCAUCUACAAACACAAAUAGAUGAUCUAACCACAGAAAAUGAUUUCUUAACAACUGAUAUCCAGCAUCUCGAGAGAGAGUUGAAUGAGAUGAAGAAGAAUAAUGAUUUCCUCAUCUCUGAAAUUGCGGCUUUAAAGAAUACUUCCAAGUUGCAACCAAUAAUAGAAACACAUGAAGACAACUUGGCGAAAUUGGAGACGGAACUAGCUGACUCCAAUAAUAUGAAUAAACUCUUUGAAGCCGAAAUCAAGAGGAUACUCAAAGAGCUGGAAGAGGUAAGGGCUGAGAAAACUUCCCUUCACGAUGCGCUACGCGACUUAAAACAGAAAUAUACAACGAUGUUGGAUGAAUUUGAAAUGCUCAAAAAUCAGACUAAAACCGUCGUUGAAUUAGAACAUAGUGUAAAUAAUCAAGAUUCUGAGAAACUCAAAAAGACAGCGGAUGAGAUAGACGACCUAAAAAAACGUUUAACUGCCGCCAAUGCGAAGAACGAACAGCUAUCUAUAGACAUACAUAUUUUGGAAAACGACAAGGUGUUGUUAACUAAAAAGGUAGAUGAUCUUAAAAAUGUAUUAGAUGAGAAGUCUAAUGCACACAAAGAGUUAGAAAAUUUGAAAUCUACUUUGGAUUGUAAACUACAUGACUUUGAAAAUAAGUUAGAUGAAGUCAUUAGACAUAAACAAGAAGUAGAGGUAGACAAACAAAAGCUACAAGAUAAGGUUAUUGUAUUACAGGAUCAAUUAACUACUGCUAGCACUGAGAGUAAUGCAAAAUUAGAAAGCGUAAUAACGGAGAAGACUAUAUUGGGCGAACAGCUGAAACACAUGUCUAAAGAAAACGAAACUCUUACGCAAACAAUUGAAAAAUUAAGAACGGUUAUAGUUGAUCUACAACGUCAGGAACAAGAGUUACUAGAUGAAAACAACGAUCUUAAGAAGAACAUGCAGUAUGAAAGGAAUUCGAAAAUUCUUGAAGACACUAUCGAUGAGUUGAAAUCUAAGACCGUUCAUCAAGAUAUACUUACGAAUGAAGUCGCUAGUCUGAAGGAGGAAAACAAAAAACUGAUCGAAAAGAAAAUUCAGCUCGAUGCAGAAUUGGUAUCAACUGAUAGUAAAAUUGCGCAUUUAGAGGAGGAAUUCGAUAAACUAAUAAUAGAUCUUAAUGAAAAAGAUACUCUGAUUGACGGUCUCAACAGCACCAUCCACCAAAACAAUAUUGCUCUCCAGAAAUUAAAUGAAAGUGCAACUGAAAUGGAGAAAAGUAUUUCUGUGAAGAAUGAUGAAAUACAGAAACUUGAACGUUCAGUCGAAGAGCUUACUGCAAAACUUAAUGAGACGGUUGGAAAAUCAGAUAGAAGUCAAGAAGAAUUUAACAGACUUCAUGGCGAAAAGGAGGAACUCAGCAAACAAGUAUUGUCUUUAAAUGAUGAAAUCAAUUCUAAAAAUAACGAGAUAUCUUCGUUAACACUCCGUCUGGAACAAACAGAAAAAUCCUGUAACGAACUUAAAACAGUAAUAAGUAAUAAAGAAAAAGAAAUAAAGGAACUAAAUCAAUCAAUAGUAGAAUUAACUGACAAAUUAAAGACUGCAGAGAAUGUAACACAUCACAAUGAUGAUUAUGCCAAACUAGUUCAAGAGAAGAAAACAGUAGAGGCUGAAGUUAUAGCACUUAUAGAAUCAGUGGCCGCUAAAGAAAAAACUAUCGAGGAGAUGAAACAAAGUAUAGCAUCUACUGAGAAGAUAUCAAACGAAUACAAAUCGAUCAUAGAUACAGCUAUGACGGAGAAAACAGAACUGAUCAAUCUAAUAAACUUGAAACACAAUGAGAGUAUACAGUAUCACAAUGAGAUACAGAGAUUGAACCAUGUCAUUUUGGAACAGACGAAUGAGUAUAAGAAGGUUUUAGAAGAGAAAGAUAAACAGCUUCAGAAUUCUUCGGACCAUUGCAAGAAUUGUGAGAAUUUGAUGGUAACUUUGAGAGAAAAGGACGGGAUUAUAGUGUCUUUGAGUCAGAAUGCGUCUGGUUUGGAGAAGGCAAUGGCUGACCUGGUGGCUGCUAGUGAAUCAGUGAAGUUAUUGACUGAGAAAUGCGAGAAUCUGGAGAAGAAUUUGGCGAUACAGGUGGAGACUGUAAAGAAAUUGACAGCAGAAAACUUACAGUUGUCGGAACAAGAACAGAACUUGGUGAAGGAGUUGGAGCGACUGAGGCGCCACCUGGUGGAGACGGAGGAGAACUACACGCAGGAGCUGAUGUCCUCGGAGCAGAAGCUGACGGAAUGCCAGGCCAGGCUGCACCAGGUCGAGGAGAGGGCCAAACAGACUAGCACUGUUUAUACUAGUAAUAGCAUCCGAGCGAACCAAGAAGUAGAAACCUAUCGCAACCAGAUCAGGCUACUGGAGAGACAGCGGGACGAGGUGCAGGCGCGGCUCAGCGAGGCCGAGGACGCGCGCAGCAGGAGCGAGGCCGCGCUCACCAACCUGCAGGUCGUGCUCGAGCAGUUCCAACUAGACAAAGAACGCGACGUCCGCUCAGCAACAGAAAAGAUAAGAAAUAAAAUGGACGAGCAACGACGAGAGAACCAGGGUCUUCAGAUAGAGAUAUCCAGGCUCAAUGCCAAACUGGAGGAGGCGCUAGCUGGUCUGCAAGCUGCCUCCAGGCUCGGAGACCAGGUCGAGAUGAAGAGGGCUGAGAUCAACGACCUGAAGGAGCAAGUCCGCACCCUGCAGACGUCGGUGGCGGCGGCGGAGGAGCGCUACUACAACGCGAUCUCCAACCAGCAGGACAAGGUGGACAAGAACCUCGUGAAGAACCUGCUCAUCAACUACGUCAUGACUGCUGCAGGGAACCAGAGUAAUAAAACGCAAGUCCUAAGGAUUCUAUCAACAGUACUGGACUUCAACCAACAAGAGUGCGAGCGGCUCGGCCUGGCGCGGUCUGCGCAGGCGCCAGACAGUUUGGCGGCGGAGUUUGUGAAGUUCCUGCAGAACGAGUCGCGGCCGAGGGCGCCACUGCCGAACAUGAUGACGCUGGCACAGGGCGGGACCAGUCGGAGCACCACGCCUAAUUCUAGGAAGAAUUCUGCUAUAGGACCACCACCGAACCUCCCAAAGACCGGCCACAGUCGCAACCCCUCGACUGGUUCCAACAACCUUCUAUUCUAUAACCUGGAAUCUAUGGAAACCGCGUCACAAUUCUCCAGGGAGUCAGACAGGGAACCUAGGGUCGUCACACAAAGCCUAGAUACAGGCGUCAACCAAACUAGGAACACUGAGGGAGCCAUUCUGAAAUCUGUCCUUAAAGAUAUGUGAUUUUAACCCCUUUUUAUAAGCACCAGUAAUGUAUAGUGGUACCAAAAGUGCCACCCCUAAAACUGACACUUGCAUGUCCAUGUGGAAAAGAGAUAGCAAUAUCUAACAGGCUAUGUGUUAGAAAGAGACGUGAUAAGUGAGUUAACAUUAAGAGGGAGAUAAAACAUCGUUCCUAUCAGGUUAGUGUUGUAGGUUGGCAACAUUGGAAGUAUUUAUUUUUUAUUUGCAACACUGCCUUUUGUCUGUCAAAGAGAGAUAUAUCAUUUCGAACUUCAAAUAACUUUUUCAUAAAUAUCACUUUAGGGCAUUUUUUUUAAAUAAUGAUUUAGUCAACGUUCAUAAGAAAGUGUCUUAUUCCCAAUGAUAUAAGUUCCAAAAUUUCUUGCUUGAACGCAAGUUUGAAACAUCAAUAUUUUAGCUAUGUAAUAAAUGAUAUUGAAUUCCAUAUAACAUACUCAUUCGUAUAUUAUUUGUUCCGUCUAAACAUAUAUGUAUUAUUAUUUUAAAAUGGCACGGAUUUUUUAUAGUAAAACUUUUGAUUAGCAAAAAUCGCACUUAACGCUUUUGACAUAAAGAUUAAAUUCGAUGAUCUGAAAGAUCCGUUGCCUAAAAAAUGAAUUUCUUAAAUAAAUUAGCGAAAAAUUUAUAUGUAGAGGAAGGUUUUUUACGAUUUUGAUAUCUGUUAGCAAAUACUGCAUGUAUGUAUGUGGUCUUAAAUAGUAGAUUAUGGUAGAAAACAGUCAGAAUAUAAGUUUAAAUAGCUAGUAGAAACUCUAUUAUCACAGUUUCAGAAUAUGCACAGAGAGUGCACACAGUUUUAUAAUUCGACUAGCUUCUGCCAGUGGCUUCAUUCGCGUUUUUUUUAUUACGUAAACGAGUAUACGUAUCACCUGAUGGUAAGCAAUCACCACCGCCCACGGAUAUUUGAAACACCAGAGGCGUUACAAGUACGUCACCGGCCUUUUGGGGGUUAGGAAUUUAAGGGUUGUUGGGGAAUCAGGGGUUGGGAAGGGGUUAAUUGGGCCUCCGGUAACCUCACUCACACAACGAAACAAGCGUUCCUGUUGGAUGAAAAGUAUCCUAUCACCCAAGUCAGCUUAUACACUGUCUGUAUUCCAAUGAUGGUAGGAAGAUUAUGUCCAGGAUAUAUGUAGUAGUUCUAGUAUUACCAAAAAUCUCAGUAGGUGAUGUAAUUAUUCCUAUCCCAUUAACCGAAUAACACACACCAUGUAGGUCCAUACUAAUUUUACCAAUACUAACAAAGUCCUAACCUCAUUCAAUCUUUGUUUACUGGAAAAAACUAUUACUUUAAAUCCUGAUUCCUUUUUGUAUUCUGACUGUUUUUCUAACAUAUCUCAAGCAAUUCAUGCGCAUUAUAAUUUAGCAUUUAUUCUAUUUGUGUUUAAUGUUCAAAUUCAGUUGUCGUGGUAUUUCGUUCGAUAGUUUUAGUCUCAAUGUAUAGUUUUUGGUGCCUUACUGUUAUUAGCUGGUGAAAGGGACAUCAGAAUUGUAGCUCGGAGUCAAAGAUUAUACUUUUUUAUUCCAAUUUGAGCAAAAUGUCAAAUAAUGUACUGUAUUUAGGCUAUUUGCUUAAAAAAGUGUUGAUUCCUACAAAAAAGAACGAGUGAGAAACUAUCCAAUCAGUAAUCUUAAUACGAGUUUGCUUUACGUUAAAAGUAAUCAAAACUAAAGCGCGUUCGACGGUCUGAUUGGCCGGCUCGAAUAAACCAACCAAUCAGAGCGCCAGACGUGCUCUCGUUUCGAUUAUUUUAAACAUAAAGCAAACUCAUACUAAGUAUACUGGUAUUAAUUGUAACAGACCAAAUUAAUGUUUUAUUUUUUGUAAAAUAGACAAAUAUUAUGUACCUCCAGUACAAUGAAAUAAUAAAAUUAAAUGGCCGCUAAUUUUGAAGAUUUUUUAAUGUAAACAUCAUACAAUAUUAUGUUCUAAUAAAUAAAAUAAAAAUAAAAACUCAGUUCCACCAAAUAUUGCCAUAUUAAAUUGCGUCCUUAAAAGUGGGGCUUUAAAACGCUAGCGACAUCUAUUGUUAAGGGUUUGAGACUAGCCGUGAUUUUUUUAUUAUGAGUUUUUGUCUUACCGCCUUGUCCUAAGCCCGCCAGCUAAAGCUUAAUAAUUAAGUUGUAUAGAAUUGUACAUUAUGUAAUUAAAAAUAAUAAUUAAUACUUAUUAUUACUUAUAUUGAUUUUUAUUCAGUUCAACUUAUAUUGUGAUCUAAUAUAAUACAUAAUAAUAAAAAAAUAAAUUUAACGUUUUAGUAUUCUUGUCUUAAUAUUAAUAUUACAGUUGAUUACAAAAGUGUCCAAAUAUUUUUUUAAUAAUACAGAAAUUACGCAUGCAAUUUUAUUUUUUUGAAAUGGGACUUUUUAAAGCAAUAAAUUAGAAAAAGCAAUAAUACUUUUGUGGCCAACUGUAAGUUUAGCAUUACGUGUUGUAAAUUUAAUUUGUGAAUAUAAAUAAAUUGAUGAUUAUUGUAAUAAUGUUAUGUCCGAGCGUUGUCCAGCGGUGGACGGUCGCCUACAUACUGUAUUCCAUACAUAACGAGGAAAUAAAUGAAUGAUUUAAAUAUAA